AUGUGCGACAAGCCGCAUAUUGUACCCAAUACUCGCAAUUCUCUACGGGCUCCGGACUUUCCCUGGGCCUCGAUCGGUGAGGGACUUGUGCCCUGCUUGUCGUGCCAAACCAUCGAGAACUAUGCGCGGCAGCUUAUACGAGUCUCCGCAGCCACACUCCUUGAAGCUAUCGUGGACUAUGAAAUGCGCGGGUCAGUGGUGAUGUCCACCUGCCAAUGUCUCCCCGUGCAGCGGCCCAUCAGGACUCUCCCGCCACCCCCUGCCAUCUGCAUCCUAUCCGAACACUCAUCCUGGGCGUUCGAUGUCGUGUUCCCCUCAGGUCGAGCCUUACAGUGGAUUAAGCAGCGGCUGGAAGAACGUCACGUUCUGGAGAAGAUGAGGGCGGCGUGGACCGCAUUUGCCCCUAACACCCUUUCAAGUUUCGUCCCACAUGCGUCGUUUCGCGAUGGCAGUGCAUCAGACCUACUUCAAGAAGACUCUCACAUCACAUUCGGACCAUGCAUUGGCCGAGGCGCGGGGCUGAAGCUGCUCUCCGAGCACAGCCCCGAGCAGCGCCCCUUGGGGUCCUGGUGGGAUACGUUCUUAUAUCCAUAUCGGCCUAGCAUUCAGUUCCAAGACAAGGCUUCAAGCGCCGCCAUGGAAGAGGUCAACAUGUCUGUGGGGCGAGAGAGCGACAGCCGCACCAAGCUCAAUCUCAGCCAUGUCAUCGGGGUGAUGGUCAAGAGCAAGGAUUUCGACGAUGUAGACGGUUUGUCCGUCUUUGGAGCAUCUCGCAGGUUUUGCGUGGAGGUGUUCCUCUCCGAGGCCGCUGUGUUCUCGUCAUUCCCUCUUCUCGCAGAGAGCUUCGACAGACGCAAGAUUUCCAGUCUCAGCCAGAAUAGAACGCUGAAGGACAUCAGCGGUGUCACAGUGCUGUUCCUCGGCUGCUGGGCUAUCCAAGAUGACGAGGCCUGUGAAAAGCUUUUGAACUUCAGGGAUACUGGAGCUGCGAUCUUGGAAGACUUGUUGAGCUGUCAAUACACCGACAUAAUCGCGAAUAAAGUGUACACAUGCGUGCGAAACCUCUGGCAGUCGGCAAUGGGUAUGAGAAGACCAUUGGCAUUCCAGGCGCUGUGCCGCCAGCUUGCGCACUGGGCUACCGUACUGUUACGAAAAACAAUCCCCAUCCCAGAAGCUGAACAUUCCGCCUUCGAGAACAAUGUUCGCGUCAUCUUCAACUUAUGGAACUGGCCCGUCAGCCCCGUAGGACCCAGACUUUUCACUCCAGAUAUCGAGGAGGGUUGGGAAGACACGGCAGAGGUGACGAUGAUGGGAGUCUUGUAUGGCUGCGCCGCUGCCGUCGCCAGCAUAGAUAUUAUGGAGAAUAUCUCACGGGGCGCCAACCGCGAUUUCUACGACACGUUACCGCCCAAUCUUAUGCUUCCGCUCUUCAAGGCCAUAUUCGAUGUCGAUGUUCCCGACUGCUCUGAGACGGAGCUGUUGCGACUGCUGAAGACCCACAUGCCGAGUGAGAGUCCAGCGAAUUUGCAAUACAGCAACUCGUGCGAUCCAUCACUGUUAUCUCUCUAUCAUGGACUGCAUCAGGUACGCAGCAACAUCCAGGCGAUUAGCAAGCACUAUGAGGAGCAAGUUGACGGGAAUCGACUGUACCAUGCCUUCAGGCAGGCAUUCUCGUGCGUCAUCAGACCAUACUCCCGGGAAUUGAGUGAAAUAAGUGGUAACUUCUUCCGCCCCGAUCACCCAGAUCUCACUUAUCCCGGGAAUUACAAUUGUCUGAGCGACGGUAUGGUCACGCAUUACAACCCGGAAUACGGGAAGGCGAUCUUCAAAGACCUUGCCUCGCUCAGGCUUGAGUGGCCCGACAGGCCUACAACCUCGGGAAUCAGAUCACGUUUGCGAGAUUUGGACAUUGUUUCGCCCUUAGCACGUCUGGAGUCCAGUAAACGACAGGUCUUGCAAAAGGGCAGUUCCAGCCCCAACUCAGGCGCUCAUCCGCCUCGUUCACUUCUCAGUAACCCUUCCAAGUCCCGUCUCGAUAUCAACUCUUCGUUGGGCUUGCGUCGAAUUUUCACAAGGUUCAGUCCGCUCUCCCGAGGGGACAUAUCCGGACACGUUGAAAGUCCGGCACAGGUGGACUCAUCGCUGAGGACGGCUGGGCAUGAUUGCCCGCCAGUCACGCACGAUCUCGAGGCCGACGUGAACAAGUCGCGGCCACUGGUGUGGGCAAGCCGGCAGAACAAACCUACCCUAAGUCAAAAGCGGAUCAAUGCCUGGGACUCACGGGAUGUAAUCUCACAGCACCAUCCUGCGCUGGUUUCAGCCUCGCCAGAGGCGUCCUCUUCAACACCACAGUUCCCUUAUCCUUCAAACGCCCCUCAGGUUGAAUCGGCUGAUAGCCCAUCGCUCAAUCCAGGAACCUCCCAUCCAUCCCCAACCUCGGACCUCGAGAUCACGAUACCAGCGGCAUCGGACGCGGCCUGGGUUGCUCUACCCGCGUCAUAUCCGUCAACGGCACCCCAGCCUCCGGCGGCUCCCACGAUGGAUUUGUCCCUACAGACGUUUUCGAGCCCUAUCACUCCGGCUUCUGUCCCCACCCAGGAUUCCGAAAAGACCUCCCCCUACUUCUCUCCACAGUUGGGGUCGUCGUGCUCAACGCCUACUCAGCUCGCCCGAGCCCCUUACCCCGAGAACUCGAUCACCGUUUCACCUUCCGCCACCACGAACUCCGGGUCGUCCACUGGAGCUGUGGUCCUCCUGAUAAUUGCCAUGCUUUCACCGUCGUCGUUUUCUGCUCCCCUUAUCCUUGUCGUUCUGCUUUUGUACUUUGUUCCAGCCUGGUCGAACAGUCAGUGUUCGUCUACGACCAGGUCAGGUCCUGUGCAGAGAUCCGGUCAGAACGACCGGUCCAGUUAG